AUGCCGGACCACACUUCGAGGAGCUGGUUCGCCGUCCCCGCCCCGGUCGCCGCCCUCUUUCGCCGCUUCCCCCUGGCCGUAUAUCCCGCCAACGACCUCCCCCUCCGGUCCCCAUCCCGCGGCGACCUCCCGACCCUCUACGUCUUCGUCGCCGACGACGAUGCCCCGAGGGGCCGGCCGAGCUUCAACCCCUCGUGUCUAAAGUGGCAGAAGCCUGUCGAUGAGUGCGAAACCGUGAGUUUGGGGCUGCAUAGCCCCACGGGCUCCGAGAAAACGUUUGACCUAAAUGCGAUAAACGGUCUUGACGAGCACACGACUACCGAGGCCCAGUUGCUAUCUAAUGUUGUACGAGUGAACUCAUGUGCCAGAUCAUUUGCCUGGGCGACGAUUAAACCUAAGGCCCUCCUCGACACCCGCCUCCGCACCGCUUGGCUCUACGCCCUGUACCUCGCCCCGGACAACGCCACGCUACUGUCGCGUCUAUACGUCCGCCCCGCCUCGAGAAACCCGCUCGUCCGCCUGGCCCUGGCGCACCAGGUCCGCUCCGCCGCCGAGGCCGAGGUUCUCAAGUCCACGCGCGCCGCCGCCGUCGACCCGGGAGGGUCUACGCCGACGCGCAACGGCGGCAGCGGCGGCAGCGGCGGCGGCAGGGAGGGGCGGUGGUUCUUUGGCUGCCAAGAGCCGACACUCUUCGACGCCUCCGUGUUCGCCUACACGCACCUGCUGCUCGACGGAGACCUCGGCUGGGCCGACCGCACCCUGUCCGACAUCCUGGCCGGCUUCCCCGGCCUGGUGAGGCACCGCGAGAGGCUGCUGGAGAGGUGUUUCCCCAACGACGACGACGAAGGGGUCCUCGUGUAA